GCCAUGGCAGCGGGUGUUCAUUUCACCUCCGCCCGCCGGACUUUAGCCCUGGAUAAAGCUCCCAGUGCCAGCGGCCGCCUCCGCUCCCGCCGGGAUCCCCAGCCCCGGGAUUGUCCCCAAAGCCAUGGCGAAGUUCCUGUCCCAGGAUCAAAUCAACGAGUUCAAGGAAUGCUUUUCCCUGUACGACAAGAAACAGAAAGGGAAGAUCAAAGCCUCGGAGCUGCUGGCAGUGAUGAGGUGCCUGGGAGCCAGCCCCACGCCGGGAGAGGUGCAGAGGCACCUGCAGCUGCACAGGAUCGACAGGAACGCAGAGCUGGACUUCUCCACCUUCCUGAACAUCAUGUACAGGCAGAUGAAGCAGGAGGAGCCCGAGGAGGAGAUCCUGAGAGCCCUGGCCAUGAUUGACAGGCAGAAGAGAGGAGUGAUCUCCGUGCCCGAGCUCCGCGCCAAGCUCACCCGGCUGGGGGAGAAGCUUUCCGAGGAGGAAGUGGAUGACCUGCUGAAAGAAGCCAAAGUUGGGCCAAGUGGAAUGAUCAAAUACGAGGAGUUUGUGCGCCUCAUUUGCCUUCCCUCGGUCGACUACUGAAACCCAGAGGGGGAUUUGCUAAGAGCAGCACCCGCAGGGGUUUUGUUUCUGUUUUUCCCACUUCCUAGUCAGACUCAGGAACCAUCAGUUGCCUUUCAGAUCCUGAUUUUGCCUUCGUUUAGCGCUGACACUUCCACAGGUUCCGCCCUGAUUGCUGGAAAAACACGAAAUAUUAUAAUAUAUAAAUAUAUGUUGUUAUAGCAAUAAUAACUGUUAUUGAAAUAAACCGAGUGUGACAACGCGUGUCAAGAUCUAAAAAAAA